AUGGCAACCCACUCCAGUGUUCUUGCCUGGAGAAUCCCAGCAACAGAGGAGCCAGGAGGGCUACAGUCCAAGGGGUCUCAAAGAGUCGAAUACUACUUCGCGACUGUACCACCGCCAGAUGUAUUCACGCUGGAUGGUCAAGUGGGUCCCAGAUCCAAGGACAAGAAGGAAAGAGGAGGAGGCCAUGGGAGGAUGGAGGCAGACUGCAGUGAUGCAGCUACAUUCCAUGGGACCCCCUGGCGCCUCCAGAAGCUGGAGGAGAUAAACAAAGGCCCCAGGGAUGAGGAGGGGGCAUGGGCCUGGCCUCCAGAAUUGCGAGAGGAUACGUUUCUAUAA